AUGGAUUUACUCUUUCUUUAACUAUUCAAUCGAUUUAAAUAAAUUAGGGAAACAUUAAAUAAAGAUAAAAGUUUAAAAAUUGAAAAGCUGCCUCCAAUUUAAGAAUAUUUAAAAAUUAAAGAUUAAGACUUCGAUGUAAAAAAAAUUGAAUUUGAUACUUUUUAAUCAUUAGUAAAUUUUGUUUUCCUUAAAGAAUUCAAAUAUUAAACUAUGAUUGUUUUUAUUUUUUAUAUUUUGGAAAGCAUUAGUAAAAAUGCUGUUUCAAUAAUUAUGAGUUUACUUAUAUCUAGUAUAUUAAACUAAUCGAAUAAUUCAAUAUAUUUUGGAGCUUUACUAAUCUUAAUUAGUUGUUUUGCUAAUAUUUGUCGACAUAAAGCCAUAACAAAAAGUAUGGAAUUUUCAGCAAUUUCAAGAUUUACAUUGUUGAAUAUAUUGUAUUAAAAAUUACUUAAAAUAAAAACUUAAGCAAUAGAUACAGGAAAACUUAUUGGACUUGCUACAUCUGAUAUUAGUAUGCUUGAAUACUAUUUUAUGCUAAUAUUUUAAAUAUUUGUGAUGCCAAUUUCAUUUAUAUUUGGAUCUUUAAUACUAUAUAUUAGAUUUGAUGGAAUAAUUGGUCUUAUACCUUUAUUUAUUAUAAUGUUAAUAUAUCCAUUAUAAAUUUUUAUUUAAAAGCGAUCAAUUGAAUAUACUAAAUUAUAUAAACAGGAACAAGAUAAAAGAAUAAAAUUAUAAUCUGAAUUUAUAGAUAAUAUAAAAGUAAUAAAAAUUUAUGGUAUUGAAUCAAAAUUAAAUUAAAGAAUUCUUGAAUUUAGAAAAAGAGAGUAAUAAUACCUUUUCAAAUCUUAAAUGAUUUAAUUAAUAGAUAGAAGUUUGAAUUUUUUUGCUUAAAUAUGGGCUUCAAUGUUAUUUAUAGUUAUUCUCUAUUUAUUCAAUUAUGAAUUAAAUAGUGCUUCAUUAAUAGCAACAAUUCAAUAAUUGUAAUAUUUUAAGGUUAGUUGUGUCUAAUAAGUAUCAUAUGGAAUUUAGAGCUAUUUAAAUAUAAAAAUGAUAUUCCAAAGAUAUAUUGACAUUUACAAAAACUUAAAAAUGGAUAUAAGAUAAACUUAAAAACAUGAAUCUGCUUAACUUAUAAAAUUAAAUGAUUUAAGUGUUGGUUGGAAAUAAGAAAAACUUUUGAAGUAGAUAAAUUUUGAGAUCAAUCCGAAAGAUUUUAUACUUAUAACAGGUAAAAUAGGAAGUGGAAAGACAUCCUUUUUAUUAGCCUUGAUUGAUGAUGGUCCUUUAUAUUUAGGUGGAUUUAAAUCAGAAAGGGAAAAUUUAACUAAAUCGUAUGUAGAAUAAGAUCCAAUAUUAUUUGAGGAUAGCAUUUAAAAUAAUAUAACUUUUGGCAAAGUGUUUAUUGAAGAAUUAUACUUAAAAGUAAUAGAAGUUGUUUGCCUUAAAGAAGAUAUUGAAAAAAUGUAGUAAAAAGACUAAACUAUGAUAAAUGAUCGAGUUACAACAAUAUCAGGGGGUUAAAAAACGAGAAUUGCAUUAGCAAGAGCCUUAUAUUCUUUAUCAGACUUAAUCAUUUUGGAUGAUCCAUUUAGUUCUUUAGAUAAAUAAGUUUAAAUUUAGAUAUAUUAAAAUUUGAGAGAGUUUUUAUUUAAUUAUCAUUUUAUAUAGACUAAUAAAUAUCCUGCUGUAGUUUUAACAACACAUUCAUAAACAAUUAUAAACUAAUUUAGGAUGUUUUAUCUUUUAGAAGAUGGAUCUUUUUCUCAGUAAUUUAAUGAAAACUUUAAUGAUGUCGAAGAGAUUAAUUAACUUAAAAUAGAAUUUGUUGAAUAAAAAUAAUCUAUAAAGAAGGAUUAAGAAUCUUAAAAAUAAGUGGAAAAAAUAAAAUAAAAUAAAUUCAUUUAUUACUUUAGUAAUUGGACUAAAAAUAAACUAUUUAGCUUAAUUUUAGUAGUUAUUGUUAUAUUUAUGAAUUUUUUAUCAGAAGCUUUAUAUAAUUAUUAUUAUUAAGGAAUAUCAGUAAUAAAACCUGAUAAUUAUGAUAAUCAAAUUAAAUAAAUAAUCAUGAUUUGUAUUUUGGCAUUUAUUAAUAAUUAUGUAAAAUACAUUUUAAAUUCAUUUGGAUGUUUAUCUGCUAAUUCUCAUAUACAUAUAAAUAUGAUAUAAUCAGUAAGUUAAGGAAAAAUAUCAUAUUUUGAUUCAAAAGCAGGUAGCUCAGUUUUAACUAAAUUCACAACAGAUUUAAAUUUAGCUGAUAAUAUGAUUCCAGUUACAUUAUUUGAUUUUUGGGAAUUAGGAUCAUAUUUUUUAAUAUCUUUAAUAAGUUUGGUAAUUUUAUAGACUCAUUUUAUUUAUAUAAUGAUUUUAACAAUUAUAUUGAAUUGGUAAGUUUUAGGUAGUUAUAGAAAUUUAAUUUUAAAAUCAUAAGAAUUAGAUUAGUAAACAAAAGGACCCUUAUUAGAUCUUUUUAAAAAGACAAUUACAGGUUUGAGAACAAUAAAUGUAUUUGAGCAAUAAAAAUAUUUUUUGUAAUAGUUUAGAAAUGCAACAAAUAAUGCAAUUCUUUCUAAUACUACUUAUUAUUAUGCAUAAAGAUUAUUUGGAAUUAGUAUAGAUUUUUUAGGCCUUUUUGUGUAAUAAUGUGGAAUAAUAAUGAUUUUCUUAUUUAAUUAAAAUGAGACAUUUACAUAAGCUUUAUUAUUGCUUAUGAUAUUUAAUGAAAAUUAAUAAUGGUUUUUAAGAUAAUCUUUGUCAUUUAUAAAUUAAAUGAAUUGUGUCGAUAGAAUGCAAGAUUUAAUAAUAAUAGAUUAAGAAAAAAACUAAUUAAAAAAUUAGCCUGUAUAAUUAUAAGGAAAUAUAAAUUUUACCAAUAUUUAUUUGAAAUAUAAUUUUGAUUAUGCUUUAAAUGGGUUAAAUUUGAAUAUAAGAUAAGGUGAAAAGGUAGGAAUCAUAGGUCGUACUGGAGCUGGUAAAUCAUCAAUUAUAUCUAUUUUAUUUAAAUUAUAUGAUAUAGAGAAAGCAGACAAAUUUGAUAUAGAUGGUUUUGAUAUUAGAGAUUUAUCACCUUUGGUUUUAAGAAGUAAUAUCAGUAUCAUACCAUAAUAGCCAAUAAUUUUUGAUGAUACCGUACGUUAAAAUAUUGAUUUAUUUAACUAACAUAGUGAAGAAGAAAUUAUGAAUGUUUUAAAAGAUGUUAAAUUAUUUGAUUAUGUAUAAGGACUACCAAAUGGAUUGAAUUCUCAUUUUUAAGGUUUAUCUUAGGGUAAUAAACAAUUAAUUUCCUUAAGUCGAGUUUUACUUUAGAAUAGACCAAUUAUUAUUAUGGAUGAAGCCACAUCUAAUCUUGAUUAAGAAACAGAUUUAUUAGUUGAAGAAAUAUUAUUAAAAAAAUUAAAAAAUAAAACUGUCAUUACAAUAGUUCAUAAAACUUAAACUAUAAAAAAUUAUGAUAAAAUUGUAAUUCUUAAUAAUGGGAGAGUAGAUAAAAUAGGAACUCCAUUGGAGAUUCUUGAUCAUUUAUGAC